UUGUUUGGUAUCUGGCCAAAUAUAAAUAUAUCAUACGUUAUGUUCUGCAGAAUAUUUUGGAGCGUCACAAUACUAAUCGUUCUAUUUUGCCAUUAUCUAUAUUUCUUAACAUAUUAUCAUUCUGACGACGUGUUCGACUUGUUGGAGUGUUUCAGUAACUUCUUAGGAUUUUUUAAAUUUAUGACCAAGAUUACUUUCUUUUGGUUCAAUCAGCGAAUAUUCUACGAAAUUUUAAUGAUGAUGACGAAAGAUUGGAACGAUUGCUCUAAGAGUGAUAUCGAGAUACACGAAGCGGUAAAUAAAGCGAAGACAUCCAAUCUUAUUGCUAAUGCGGUCAUAAUUCUUCAUAUAGUUACUGUGCUCUUAUACGGCGAUAUUAUACUGGCCAAAAUCGAUGUCACCAAUCGUACGAUCAAAUUACCCCAUAUUUAUAAAAUAGAAGUUCCUUUCAAUAUAAACACGCAACGCACGUAUAAAAUUGUGUUAAUCGUGGAAUUAAUACAUGUCGUCAUGUGUAGUUGUGGCACGGGUAUUCUAAACGCUUUACUCCUAAUAUUGGUCCUACACGUAGGUGGUCAGAUAAAUAUUCUCCAUUGCUGGUUAACAAAGUUGAUAUCCAAAGAGAAUAAACGUAAAUCUAUCGCCAUUAUGAUGAAGAAAAUUAUUCGGAAACAUCAGAAAAUCAUUUACUUCGCAAAAAAUAUUGACAGUCUGUAUACAUUCAUUGCGUUUAUGCAAUUUGUAUCAAAUACGAUAAUGAUAUGCAUAAUAGGAUUUGUUAUUAUAACAGCACUCGGUCAUCCUAACGCGACAAAAAAGAUACUGAAAGCCAUUUCAUACUACAGCGUGACAAAUAUCGAAGCGUUCAUAUUCUGCUAUGCUGGAGAAUAUUUGAUUAACAAGAGCAAGGCAAUAGGAUUAGCUGCAUAUAAUAUCGCCUGGUAUGAAUUGGAACCUGAAUACAAUCGUCUUCUAUUAUUCGUAAUAAUAAGAGCACAGAAGCAAUUGACACUUACAGUUGGAAAAAUGACAGAUCUCUCAUUGCAGUGCUUCGCAAGCAUCAUGAAUUCUGCAGGAUCAUAUUUGUCAGUGUUAUUAGCGAUGCAAUAAAUACAAUAUUCAUCUCGCCA